AUGGUUUCUCGUCCUACCCCAGCUCCUCAUCGUCUCUCCACCACCUCCCCCCAAUCCUCCUCAUUCUCCCCUGAUAAGUUUCUUCCCACCCCCUCUCCUUCUCUGUCCCUAUGCGACGGCUCCAACUGUCAUCAACCAACCAGCAGCCGUCUACGAGCAAAGUUUCAGGGUCGCCGUAGUUACUCUGAGGUGUCUGACCCAUCAGCCAUCCAGAGGCCCCCAACACGCCUGAUGAGGGACCCAGUAGCCACCCUCCCCAAGCCAAGGUCAAUUCUGGGCGAGACACAGAUUUAUGGCCAAACCAAACCUCAGCUCCGUACCUCCUUGGUGGGCCUGGUCAGACCGGCCUCAGCUCAUGGAGCUGGAGCGGAGAGAGGGGGAGGAGAGAGGGGUACUGGCAGUAGUCUGAGCAGCAACCCUCAUCUCUGUGCUCUGGACCUGGGCUUUCCUAUGGCUGCUGAGGUGCAUCACUUCUGUCACCUUGACAUUCCACCUGAGCCCACCCCACUGGUGACACCACCACAGUCCUCGGAUGAUGAAGAGGAUGUAUGUACAUAUCUAUCGCCGGUUGCCAGCCCACCUCGGACUCUGGGCGCAAUUGGGAUUGGCUCAUCACCUAGAGAACAGCCCCUCCACCCCUUGUUCCAAUCUCCAAGGAAACAGCCCCGCCAUCCCUCCUUCUCGGCACCCGAGGGCCCUGCCACUCUCUCCUGCCAUCUGCCUCCCUACAUGAACACAGAGCAUGCUCAGUCAUGGCCCUCCAUUAACUUAUGGAUGGAGUCAGAGGAGAGUGUUGCUCGCAGCUGUCCUUUGUGUCAGCUGACUUUCCCAACUGGUUAUCCUGAUGACGCCCUCAUUAAACACAUCGACUCCCACCUGGAAAACAGCAAGAUCUGA